AUGGUGGAGCAUUUUGUUCAGCAAAUGAAAUUUGAGUUUGAGAUGAGUCUUGUAGAAGAAUUCACUUACUUUCUUGGUCUUCAAGUAAAGAAAAUGGAAGAUAGCAUUUUGUAUCUCAAAUCAAGAUAUUGUGAUGCAGAUUGGGUUGGGAGUGUCGAUGAUAGAAAUAACACAUCUGGUGGAUGUUUCUUUCUUGGGAACAAUUUCAUCUCAUGGUUCAGUAAGAAGAAGGAUUGUGUAUCAUUAUCUACUACAGCAGUUGAAACCAUUACUACAGGAAAGCAGUUGCACCCAACUACUUUGGAUGAAACAAAUGUUGAAGGAGUACAAUGUUGA